AUGGGCCUCCAUUUUGAUUAGUUCAGCUGGGGAGGGGGGGGGGAGAGGAAGCAGGCCGACUCUCUUCCCCCCUCCCCUUCUGCUUCUUCUUUUCCUGGGGUUUUUGGGGGGGUUUUUUUGCCCACCCUCCUCCCCUCUUUUGCUGGAGCCACAGAGAGAGGCAAGGUCAGGUAGCAUCCGUUGCAGCGCCCGGGCGAAGCUGUCACUGUCAUGGAUGACCUGUUCGGCCCCUUCAGGAGGCUGAACAGCACCCAAGGAGAAAUCCGGGUUGGGCCCAGCCAUCAGGCCAAGCUCCCCGAGCUGCAGCCUUUCCCUUCCGGAGAUGGUGACGCGGUGACACGUCACGAAGAGCUGGUCUGGAUGCCCGGGGUGAACGAUUGCGACCUGCUCAUGUACCUGCGGGCGGCGAGGAGCAUGGCAGCUUUCGCAGGGAUGUGCGACGGCGGUUCGACGGAAGACGGCUGCGUGGCGGCUUCCCGGGAUGACACCACCCUCAACGCGCUCAACACGCUACAUGAGAGCAACUACGACGCCGGGAAGGCCCUCCAGCGUCUGGUGAGGAAGCCCGUCCCCAAACUGAUCGAAAAAUGCUGGACGGAAGACGAAGUGAAGCGGUUCAUUAAAGGCCUCCGGCAGUACGGCAAGAACUUUUUCAGGAUCCGAAAAGAAUUGCUCCCCAAUAAGGAGACGGGAGAACUGAUCACCUUCUAUUACUAUUGGAAGAAAACCCCGGAAGCUGCCAGUUCCCGGGCUCACCGCAGGCAUCGGCGACAAGCCGUCUUUCGAAGAAUUAAGACCCGGACAGCUUCUACUCCGGUUAACACCCCCUCCAGGCCUCCUUCCAGCGAAUUCUUGGAUUUGAGUUCGGCCAGCGAAGAUGAUUUCGACAGCGAGGACAGCGAACAGGAGCUGAAGGGCUAUGCGUGUCGUCACUGUUUCACCACCACCUCCAAGGACUGGCAUCACGGGGGCCGGGAAAACAUCCUUCUCUGCACGGACUGUCGCAUCCACUUCAAGAAGUACGGAGAGCUCCCUCCCAUCGAGAAGCCGGUGGACCCGCCGCCCUUUAUGUUCAAGCCGGUCAAAGAGGAAGAUGACGGUCUCAGUGGGAAGCAUAGCAUGAGGACGAGAAGGAGUCGCGGCUCGAUGUCUACACUUCGCAGCGGUCGUAAGAAGCAACCCACCAGCCCAGACGGGAGGGCCUCGCCCAUCAACGAGGACAUCCGAUCCAGCGGCCGUAACUCACCCAGCGCGGCCAGCACGUCCAGUAACGACAGCAAGGCGGAUUCGGUCAAGAAAUCCACCAAAAAGAUUAAAGAAGAGGCUUCUUCCCCUCUCAAGAGCUCCAAGAGGCAGCGAGAAAAGGCGGCGUCCGACAGCGAGGAGCCCGACCGCAUCAAUGCCAAGAAAACCAAAACCCAGGAGAUCAGCCGGCCCAACUCCCCCUCGGAGGGCGAAGGGGAGAGCUCCGACAGCCGCAGCGUGAACGACGAGGGCAGCAGCGACCCCAAAGACAUCGACCAGGAUAACCGCAGCACCUCGCCCAGCAUCUCCAGCCCGCAGGACAACGAGAGCGACUCGGAUUCUUCGGCCCAGCAGCAGCCGUCGUCUCUCCAGGCGCCCAACGGCCCGACUCAGCCUCCGGGGCCCCUCCCAGCACAGCUGCCCUCCUUGCCGGCCGGCUCCAGCAUCCCCUCUUCCACCGUCGUCCCGCAUGUGUCUCCUUCAGGAGCGCAGCCCCCCAGCCAGCCUCUGGCUCCGGGCCUCCCUCAUUCGCACAUCCAGCAGGUCCCUUCGUUGCACCCGCCCAGGCUGCCUUCCCCUCCUCACCCGCCACUGCAGCCACUCGCAGGGCCCCCGGGCCAGCCCCAGGGCCUCCCCCAGCCGCACCCUCAACCGCCCCUCCACGGCCAGAUACAGGCCCUCCCACAUGGUCUGCAAGCACAGCCCCUCUUGCCCCACCCGGCCCCUGCACAGCCCUUCACUCUCCCGCCCCAGGCCUUGCCAGCCUCCUCUUCGCAGUCUCAGGGUCCCCUCCCUCCCCCGGCCCACCCUGCCCUGCAGGUCUCCUCUGGCCAAGUGGCCUCCUCGUCCCCGCUGUCUUCCCAGUGCCCCCGGGAGCAGCCCCUGCCCCCCGCCCCUAUGGCCAUGCCCCACAUCAAGCCCCCACCCACCACGCCCAUCCCGCCUCUCCCCACGCUACCUUCCCACAAGCACCUCUCGGGCCCUUCGCCGUUCUCCAUGAACUCCAACCCCCCGCCCCCUGCGCUGAAGCCGCUCAGCUCCCUCUCGACCCACCACCCGCCCUCCGCGCACCCCCCUCCCUUGCAGCUGAUGCCCCAGAGCCAGCCCCUGCAACCCUCCCCCGCCCAGCCGCCAGUCCUCACCCAGAGCCACCCUGCUCCUCCCCAGCCUUCCUUCGCCCAGCACCCCUUCGUUCCUGGGGGGCCGCCUCCCGCCACACCUCCCUCCUGCCCGUCGACUUCCACGCCGCCAUCUGUGCCAAGCGCUCCGAGCCAGGGGGCCGUGUCCAGCUCAGCGGCCUGCGGCGGAAACGUCCCUGUGGUGGCCCCCUGCACCAUCCCCUCCAUCCAGAUUAAGGAGGAGGCGCCUGAUGACGUCGAGGAGCCUGAGAGCCCGCCUCCCCCCACCCGGAGCCCCUCGCCAGAACCCACCGUGGUGGACACGCCGAGCCACGCCAGUCAGUCAGCUAGGUUUUACAAGCACCUGGACCGCGGCUACAACUCCUGCGCGAGGACGGAUCUGUACUUCAUGCCCCUGGCCGGCUCCAAGCUGGCGAAGAAGCGAGAAGAGGCGAUCGAGAAAGCCAAGCGGGAAGCGGAGCAGAAAGCGAGAGAAGAGAGGGAACGGGAGAAAGAGAAAGAGAAGGAAAGGGAACGAGAACGGGAGCGCGAGAGAGAGGCCGAGAGGGUGGCGAAAGCAUCCAGUUCCUCCCACGACGGUCGUCUCGGAGAAUCUCAGCUAAGCGGUCCAGCGCACAUGAGGCCGUCUUUCGAACCGCCUCCCACCACCAUUGCGGCCGUGCCCCCUUACAUCGGUCCGGACACGCCGGCCCUACGGACGCUGAGCGAGUACGCGCGUCCCCACGUCAUGUCCCCCACCAACCGGAACCACCCUUUCUUCGUCCCCCUCAAUCCCGCCGACCCGCUCUUGGCCUACCACAUGCCGGGCCUCUACAACGUGGACCCCACCCUCCGGGAGCGGGAGCUGCGGGAACGGGAGCUGCGGGAGCGGGAGAUCAGGGAGCGGGAACUGCGGGAAAGGAUGAAGCCGGGUUUCGAGGUGAAGCCUCCCGAACUGGACGCCCUCCACCCGGCCACCAACCCCAUGGAGCACUUUGCCCGUCACGGAGCCCUCAAUCCCCCGACUGCAGGCCCUCACCCCUUCGCUUCUUUCCACCCUGGGCUUAACCCUCUGGAGAGGGAGAGACUCGCUUUAGCCGGCCCUCAGUUACGGCCCGAAAUGAGCUACCCGGACAGACUGGCUGCCGAGAGGAUCCACGCCGAGCGCAUGGCGUCCCUCACCAACGAUCUGGCCAGGCUCCAGAUGUUCAACGUGACGCCCCAUCAUCACCAACAUUCCCACAUCCAUUCACAUCUGCAUCUCCACCAACAGGACCCACUACAUCAAGGCUCAGCCGGACCCGUUCACCCCCUCGUGGACCCUCUAGCCGCUGGACCGCACUUGGCACGCUUCCCUUACCCUCCUGGUACCAUCCCCAACCCGCUGCUAGGACAGCCAUCUCACGAGCAUGAAAUGCUGCGGCAUCCAGUCUUCGGUGCCCCCUACCCACGCGACCUCCCUGGCGCCAUCCCUCCUCCCAUGUCAGCGGCCCAUCAGUUACAAGCUAUGCACGCCCAGUCGGCAGAGCUUCAGCGACUCGCCAUGGAGCAGCAGUGGCUUCACGGGCACCCCCACAUCCACGGGGGGCAUCUUCCCAGCCAAGAAGACUAUUACAGCCGUCUGAAGAAAGAGGGCGACAAGCAGUUGUAAUACCUUAUUUAUUUGUGACGCUGACUACUCAAGUUCCUAGUCCUCGUGGGGGGAGAAAGCAGUGGAAUGUGUUUGAAUCUCGAGAACUGCUGGAAAGAACCUUCUUCUCUCUUUUCGCACGGUGGAAAACACACAGCAGCCCCAUCAGUUUCGCCCGAAAGCCAAACCUCACACGAGACGUGAAUUGGUGCAUACGUUCUGUAUAGUAUUCACUUGUAGGAAAGAUUUCUCAAAAGACCAGUUCAGGAGUCUCCUUGCAUGACUUAAACCUGUUAAAAGGCCUUUUCUUUUUUUCCCUUUUUUUUUUUUUUUCCUUUUUUGGAAUGGGAGGAAGAAGAGGAACAAAACAGAACCGGGAGAGAAAUUAAUCCAAACAAUUUCUUAUUGGUUUGGUAUGUUUUUGGCUGUUGGUUUUUUUUUUAUUCUAUUUUAUUUUUUUCAUUUUCAUUUUUGAGUAGGUGCUAGUUUCAGAUUCACAACCUCUAAUGCAAGCCACUGUGCAUAAAAAAAAAAGUAUAUUCAAUUUAUAUAUAUAUAUACUUAAAAUAAAAAUAAAAAAAAUA